CAAUGAUAAGAAUGGAUGCAUCUUCUUUGCAUAUAGCAAUGUUUCCAUGGUUUGCCAUGGGACAUUUAACACCUUAUCUCCACCUCUCCAACAAAUUAGCAAAAAGAGGACACAAAAUCUCCUUCUUCAUCCCUAGAAGAACCCAAUCCAAGUUAGAGCAAUUCAACCUCUUUCCACAUCUCAUCACCUUUUACCCUAUCAAUGUUCCUCAUGUUGAAGGCCUUCCUCAUGGUGCAGAAACCACUUCCGAUGUGCCUUUCUCCUUAGCUCCACUCAUUAUGACAGCUAUGGAUCGCACCGAGAGGGAUAUAGAGCUUCUCCUCAAUCAACUAAAACCGCAAAUUGUUUUCUUUGACUUCACAUAUUGGCUACCAAGCAUUACUUCCCGUUUGGGGAUCAAAUCCAUUCUAAACUUGAUCAUUAACCCUGCCACAAUAUCUUACACAACAGUCCCUGAAAGGAUGAACCACAAAGGUACCUUAACUGAACUUGAUCUUAUGCAACCCCCUCUUGGUUACCCCGUAUCAUCGAUCAAACUUCAUGCACAUGAAGCUAAGCUCCUUGCUUCUAUGAGGAACUUAGAAUAUGGUAGCGGUAUUCAAUUUUAUGAUCGCGUCUAUGGUUGUCUAACAUCAUCAGAUGCAAUUGCAUUCAAAGGUUGUAGAGAAAUUGAGGGGCCUUAUGUUGACUACCUUGCUGAGCAGUUUGGGAAGCCUGUUCUCCUUUCGGGUCCUGUCAUACCUGAGCCACCCAACACUGUUUUAGAGGAAAAAUGGAGUGCAUGGCUUGGAAGGUUCAAGGAUGGUUCUGUGGUUUUCUGUGCACUUGGAAGUGAAUGGAAAUUACCACAUGAUCAGUUCCUUGAGUUGUUGUUGGGUCUUGAACUUACAGGGCUUCCAUUUUUGGUAGUUCUAAAAGUCCCUAUUGGGUUUGAGACAAUUGAAGCUGCACUGCCAGAAGGGUUUAAGGAAAGGGUUAAGGGGAGAGGGAUUGUUGACAGUGGUUGGAUACAACAACAAUUGAUUUUGGAACACCCAUCGGUGGGUUGUUUCAUAACACACUGUGGAACUGGUUCAUUAACUGAGGCAUUGGUAAAUAAGUGUCAAAUGGUGUUACUGCCACAACUUGGUGGUGACCAUGUCAUCAAUGCAAGGAUGAUGGGUAGUAACUUGAAAGUUGGGGUUGAAGUGGAGAAAGAUGGAGAAGAUGGUUUGUUCAGAAAGGAGAAUGUGAGUAAAACCGUGAAGAUUGUGAUGGAUGAGGAGAAUGAGAUUGGCAGAGAAGUUAAAAAAAAUCAUGCAAAAUGGAGGAAUUUCUUGAUAAGGCAUGAUUUAGAGUCAAUUUGCAUUGAUGACUUUUGUCAAAAACUUCAAGAUUUGCUCAAAUAAUUAUCAAAUUUUAAAAAUGUAUUCCAUAAUAACGAGAGUUCCGGAAAUAAUUAAUGCAUCAAUAAUAUUAAAAGGAGGAAAUUCUCGGUUAAACCAAUCUCUUCUCUAAUUACCAUUUUAUAUUAUCAUUGUAUAGUCCUAUUUCUUUUAUAAUGAUGAUUUUAUAAUUAGAA